AAAAGAGAAAAUGUUACAGCAUCAAAAUGGCGUCUGAACUUUCACGGGCUGCUUUUGCACAGAAUAUAUUGCCUCCCUCAGACCCUAUCCCGGGUAAUAUCUCCCAGGUUUCUCCGGAAGAUGUUUACACAACUGUACCAUUGGAAGAGGCAGUAUCAAGCGAUGGGAAAAAAAGGAAAAUACCUCGUCGAAUACUGCAUUUUAGUGAUGGCACAUUGGAAGAGUAUUCAACUGAUGAAGAGGAAGAGGAAGAAUUACCCCCACUUGUUGAUCCUAAAACUUUGACUUGGAUGCCCUGGUUUUGGUACUACUUCACUGCCGCAUCAUUCAAGGCACUGUCUUAUGCUGACUUCUGCGGUGAGAAAUUGGCAUGGUUCUUUGGCAUCACAACACCAAAAUAUCAGUCAGCUAUUGAUGAGUUUUAUAGGAUAAAGGCAGAGGAAGAAGAAGAGAGGUUUGAAGAAGAAUUGGAAAAAGAAGCUGUACGACAACGAGAAUUGCAGACAAUAUCUGGAAUGGAAGGAGGAGACGCAGCCGAGCCUGACACAGCUGCUGUACCACAGGUUGCUGUUGUCAAAAUAGACACAGAGAAGUACUGAAUCACUUGAAAAGUUGUCUGGAAUGUCUGUGAUACCUCAGGACUGUAAAGAUAUUUGUGCAAUAAUCUAAAACGUUUUACGAAAACGGAUUUGUGUUGCAUUUGCUGUGUGUAACCACAUUCUGUUGACCACUGGUCCUAGUUGUUUGAAAAAACUGCCAAGAAAAUUUGUUGUCUCCAAAUUUUCAUUUACCACCAAGAAUGCUUUUUUGGACUUAGCCAGUCUCAGUUGAUAGGUAGGUCAAAACCGUUUGCAAUUGUUUGGAAGUUAAAGUGCAAACACAACAGUUCAUUAGAUAAUUUUGCUCAUUCCACACAAUGUUAUGCUCAUUCAUGAAUGUUUUUUCAUUUGAAAGUUUGUGGCAAAAAUGUAUGUAUAAAGUUUCAUCAAUAUUUUCCAUUCUAUCGGAAGAGCUGAGAAAAUCAAAAGAGUUCUUGUACAAGUUCCUUGUCGAAGCUUGAGUAAUGAAUCAAGAAAGAAUUUAGUAAAUUUUGAAUCCAUGCAAGUGGAUUUGUACAUUAUUGUGUGGAGGUCGUUAGUGAUUGGCAAUUGAGUUGGCCAUUUUGGAAGUUUCAGACAUGGUGUUAGUUUCUCUCUGGGUUGAAUUUAUACGAAGUACUGCAGAUAAAUGGCUCAUGACCAUCUUUUGGACCAUUCAAGACGGCCAUUAAAUCUUCCAUUGAAUUGUGACCUAUAUAUAGCAAAGAGUUAAGAAUUUGGUGGAUAAGUGUGCGUCCUAAUUUACUUUACGGAAGUCAUGUUUUCAAGAACGGGUGUCAAGUAGGGCUGGAUGCGUCUGAAAUAUUUAUUUUUGUGUUGAACAGGAACUGUAUAUAUAUGUAUAUUUAUUGGGUUGUUACAAAAACCAUUUGCUUCAAAGAAAUGGGUUUUUGGUUGUUAAGAUACAUGAGAGAAGGUCAUGUAUAUCAAAUAGGAUCCAGUAACAAAACAUUGGUCGCCCAAAAUUUCAGGACUGGUUUGGGAGUGAUUGAAAACUUGUUGUGGGGACUUUGGGUUUUAUAGGGUGGAUGGGAACUUUUGAAAAAUACUCUUUUGAGGCCUUUGAAUUUGCUCACGGUUGUCAGGACCAAAAUUUUCAGAUUUUGCAUCCACCCACCUUGGUUAUGGCUUGGUUGGCCUGGUGACUUGUCAAUGUGCAUGCAUAACCAGAUGCAAAAUAUGGAAAUUACGUUCAAACUUCUGCUGACUGCGGUGUCUGUAAAAACGAUUUUCUAUUGUGGUAUUGUUGUGUUAUAGUGGUGUGCUGGAAAUGGAAAACUUAAACAUAAUAUGAAUAUGCUUUACAGCCCAGUUACUUAAAAACUCUGUGGCGGCUAUCUCCGAAUCUGCCUGCAGAAUUCAGUCAACAUCUCAUCUGGGAAGUACAUCUGGUGAAAUUUGACCAUUAUGUUUCUUUCGCAGUAAAAGUCUCCAGAGAUGUGGUCAUUCAAAAAUGAAUUUAUGGAAUACUGAUCAAAAAAUUAGAUCACUGUACAGGCCAAGCCGUUUGAAAUAAUCUUAUUUUUGUACAGUUUCAUUCCUUGUAAAUAAUAUUUCACUGUUUCAAACUUGUAUUAUGUUCAUAAAUGGUGUAUAUAGCUCAUGGAAUAAAUCAUAUUCUUA